AUGAAGGGAAAAGACAAGCCUGUGAAAAGUAAAAAGUCUGCCCCAAACUUGAAGAAUCGAACUCUCUCUGGUCCUCCCUUGUCGAAUCCAAGGUUACCACGGUUGCCAGAAAUAAAGAGCAAACCUUCUGCACCCAAUCUGAAGAAUAAAGGUUCAGUUCCUAAUGUCAAGAAAAGAAGCACCUCCACGUCUGUGCCUGAGGACGAAAAACCACCCCGGUUACUGCAUCCUUUCGGACCCCCCCAGGACCACAGGGCUAAAUCGAAUCAGGUACAGGAUGGCCCAAGAUUUAUGUCCGUGUCGAAUACUGAAGAGAUAAAACCGGUAGAAUACCGUCGACCUCUUAAGCGAUAUGGCAAAAAGAUCCCAACCAUAAUGGGAAUUACCCCAACCAGAGUGAGAAGACGAAAGGUUGAUGUAAAGGAGUCAAGACCUAAGAGGAUCCUCAAAGCCUUGAAGCACCCGGGAUUCAAGACGAAAUGGAAGGGUGCUGUCGACCAUUUCAUGAAAAUGAAAAUGGUCAAGCAGAUGAACGGGUGUCUCAGGGCUAUGCGAGUCGAGGAAGAGAAGAAGGCUUUGGAAGUUGAGUAUAAGCCACUAUAUCGUUUGAAGGAAGUAAGAAGGGCAUCGGUAUUGUACGACAACUUGCCCAAGCCUAGGAGAAGGCCUUUGUCAAUCAUGGGUAUGGAAAGCGUGAGCAUGGAUGAUCGUCGAAGGCUUUCAGCGCUUUCAAUGUACAGUGAAAGACUUGCGGACUCUGAUGGGUCUGAGUCGACCUUUUCUCCGGGUGCUAGUUCUGGUCAAGGGGCAGAGCCAGUGAAUUUCGACGAGGACUGCUCGCUUCGUGCCUCAAUCGUACCCUUCCAAGAGUGGGCGGCUCUUAUACGUGACGCAAAUCCUUUUUCAGACGAGGUUGCCCAGGAGCCCACCCACACUGAUCCCCCCUCGUUUUUCCCUCCUGACAACCACCUUCAGAACCUCCAAACACAACCAUUUACAGACGAAAAUCCCCAAGACCUACCUUCCCCUACCUCUUCUGAGGUCACCAUCACUCCUUGGAACGUUAAUUUGACGCCCAAGAUGUCUCAAUUUCCCGAUUCCCCGGCACUUGAUCCUUUCAUGGAUCCUGAGAACGUCGAGGACCAGGAAGCGAGCGCCAGCGUCUCCUCUCAGAAAGAAACUGUCAAAAACGCCGCUGGUGAUCAGAAUUCCAGCCUGCCAUCCACCCCAGCGAACGCGUCAGCUGAAAAAGAAGACGCCCACAAUGACUGUUUGUCUCAAACAGAAACAGAAGCAGAGCAAACGCCAUCUGCUAUCAAAAUACCAAAGAGAUCCCGCGACAGCAGCGGAGGCUCUCGGAUCCCUCGAGUUCCUGCUCAGAAGCAAAGCCAUGGAGGGUUUGCUACUUCGCAAAAGGAGGCACGAGUCGCGUCAGAGCACCGCAGCUCAAUCCCAGUUGCUGUUCGUAGACACAGCGCUGAACAACUGGCUACGCCUCAGAACACUCCAAGUGAAAGGUUCGCUGGGGGAAUGAGGGUCAUUGAAAAACCUCUCGGUCCCCGUCCACGUCCUGUAGAGACAAACAACCCCGCGGUUCCGGAGUCCAUCCAGGAGCCAGCAAAAGAGCCGGCCAGUUCAUCUUCGUCCUCCGUGAGCAGCUGGGACCUGGAUGAUCACGAAGAAGAUUUACAGCGCCCUUCAACUGUAUUUACUGGAGAAUAUCGCACUCGCCUGUUCCAUAGAUCUGGACAGACUGGCUAUGGGCCCACACUGAGGGUUGCGGCCAGUGCCGAAAACAUUAUCAUGGGGGCAGAGGACAGCCGUGUCAAGACUGCAAUGGUGACACAGAGAUCGCCAUCAUCGUCCGUUCGAUAUGUGGUGGGGAAAGCCUUGCCUAAGUCUCUGACGCAGCCAAGCGGUCUUGCGAGCCAUCCCGUUGGAGAAAGCUCAAAUUCAAAGGAAGAUGAGAGUUCUCCCGAUCAUCCUCCAGUCACACGCAACUUCUGCAGACCCCAGGUCUCUAUCGAACACAUGCCGAAGAGAGACUUCAGCGGCCGAGAGCUAUCGAUACCGCGCAAGCCUCUUAGCACCAGACCUAGUCCUGCCAACCUUUUUUCUGGAAGCUCUGAGAACCCGGAGUCUAAGAGCACACCCCCUCCUAUUCCAAAGGCCUGGAUGAAUAUUGGUGCUGAUAGCAAUGGAAACUCGUCCUCUGAAGUUAAAGCUGUGGACCCAGCCACGCCCAUGAGAGACAUAUCACAGGAUGAAGACCAUUCUUCUGGAUCUGGUGUCUUAGUCCAGUCAGCCCCAGGUACCGCUGAGAGCACAGCAUCUCUUAAGCCGCACCCACCGCGUUCUUCGUCAUUGCAGGCUAUCUCGGAUUUCUCAAUGCAUUCUGAGUCGGAUUGUGUACCUACGGGCCCCGAUGAAGCACAACUCAAGGAUGCAUCUUACCUUAGAAGAAACGUCACAUUUGACGACAUUGUUGAGGAGAAUCCUGAUAAAGAACAGGCAGUUCAAAAUUUGCACGUUGUCAGGCUUCCUGACUCCAAAAGCACUCGAAUGCUUGACAGUUUCCGAAACAUUUUCUCCAAAACCAAGAGUGGUGCGGAGAAGGGGCGCGGGAAGAAAGAUGAGAGCGUUGAGCCUGCCAGUGCUGCGAGCAAAGACCAGACUGCCAGCAGCACAAAGCGUGCGAGAACUCCAAAUGAGAAGAUUGAUUCGGCUAAGAUUGGUCCCAAGACAAAGACCAAAUAUUCCAAGUUAUCCGACGGAGUUGGUUGGAACAAGAAUUCGCCUAACCCUAAAAGCUCGGAUGAUUUGUCGCCUGUCCUCGUUCCGACUCCAGCUUCGUCUUUAUCAUCCAUUCCAGCACCACUUAGUGCCCGAAUCCUGCCAGAGGACCGCACCCCAUCCUUUGCACGGCCAACGCAAGCAACGCGCACCAAAGCCGCGGUUACUAUCAGCUCCAAAAGCUCAGUCCAGGGAGGCCAAGAUACACGGAGCCGUAGGGCCCAUUUAGUCGCAGCUUCCAAUGGUAGCCCACAGCGUGCGGGACGACCUCAGAAGCGUGUCAUUUCGGCACCUAUUCCAAUCCAGAAGAAUGCAAACCAAACAAGUUCUGGGGUGAUUGAGAAGCCGGGUGCCCUAAUCGGCCAGAAGAAUGGCACACAGGAUGAUGGCAAGCCAUCCGAUUCAGAAGAGAAGAAUGUCAUUAACAUCCGCCGGUGCAUUGAAUCUCUUUGUAACAAAGCCCGAGAUGAAGUGACGCCAGCCAAGAGAGAAAAGUAUCUUCGGUUGGCUUUGUCUCUGCAGCAGCAGAUGAGCAACUACAACAGUGUAGACAAGGAGGCUACCGAGGCCGAGGCAUUGCUCAAUAAGAAGAAAGCUGACAAGGCCAUCGCCGAAAAUGCCCUGUUCGAAUACUUUUCGCAGGUGCAAAUGCAGAUUGACGAAGAAUAA